UUUGGCCAACUGUUGUCAGUUUGCCACUUACCAGCGCUUCAGAAACUCGCAACUUCGUAGCUCUCCACUCCCAGUCGCCCCGCCAUCGCACUAUCGCCGCCGAUUCGGGAAAUCCGAACUCGGCUCCUGAGUCACAGCGACCUCACUUUAGAUCUAGAUCCAGCCUACAGAUCUCCUGGACUCGUGGAUAACAAACUAUGUGGCGGUUCAAGCCUUUUUCACAUAAGGAACAGAGUGGACUUGAAGACCGAACUAUUGACAUUGGCAAUCUCAAAGUUCAUGUUCGUAAUAUAAUAGCAGAGGGAGGAUUUUCUUGUGUUUAUCUGGCCCGAGAUGUAAUCCAUUCUUCAAAACAGUAUGCUCUGAAGCACAUGAUAUGCAACGAUGAAGAAUCUUUGGAAGUUGUGUUGAAAGAGAUCUCUGUCUUGAAAUCACUUAAGGGGCACCCUAAUGUGGUCAAGCUUUGUGCUCAUACGAUCAUUGACAUGGGCCGCACCAAGGAAGCUUUAAUUUGUAUGGAGUAUUGUGAGAAAUCUCUGGUUAGUGUACUUGAGGGAAGAGGGUCUGGUUAUUAUGAAGAAAAACAGAUCUUGACCAUUUUUAGGGAUGUGUGCAAUGCGGCUUUUGCUAUGCAUUGCCAAUCUCCCCCUAUCGCCCACAGGGACUUGAAGGCAGAGAAUAUCUUGCUAGGUCCAGAUGGAUUAUGGAAAUUGUGUGAUUUUGGUAGCAUCUCUACCAAUCACAGGCGGUUUGAGAAGCCUGAAGAAAUGGGAGUUGAGGAAGACAAUAUUAGGAAACACACCACUCCCGCUUAUAGAGCACCCGAGAUGUGGGAUCUUUACAGAAAAGAACUGAUAAAUGAGAAAGUAGACAUAUGGGCUCUUGGUUGUCUACUGUUUCGUAUAUGCUUCUUCAAGUCAGCAUUCGAUGGUGAAUCAAAAUUACAAAUCUUGAAUGGAAACUACCGUAUUCCGGAAUUACCAAAAUACAGCACGACUAUUAUUGACCUUAUUAAGGAUAUGCUACAAUCUUCUCCAGAUGCCCGACCUGAUAUUACGCAGGCAAGCGCUUUGCUUGAUUGGACAUUGAUCAACAUGAGUUUAGGUAUGGUUCCGUGUUAAUGGUCUGUUACCUGAUGGGCUACAGAAAUCAUUGCCUGAUAAAGCUCCUGGUUUGCUGCAACAGGGGAUUGAUUUGCAUGAUGGUACUCCAAGAACAGCAAGCAAAUCUAAUCCAGUGCCUCAAAGAACUCCACCGCCUCCUCCUGCAGCUACUACAGAGGCAGCCCGAAAUGCAUCACCAUCUUAUAACCCCACAAUGGGUGGAGCUAGUGGCCCUAUAGGCGCUUUUUGGAACACUGAACACGCAAAGAAAGUAGCCCCAGCCGAGAAAACUAGACUCAAAUAUGAUGAAGAUUCGACUGAUAUAGAUUUCUUCCAUGGUAAUUCUGACGAAAGUGAUGAUAGAAAUGAAUCAUUUGAUGCUUUUGUGGCGGAAUUUAGUAGCAAUGAACACAGUUCUGGAAAUAAUAGUAAGAAAUCUGGGAACGAACUAUUAGAGGCCGAGGUUGAAAAGCUGAAGGAGCAGUUGAUGCAUGCCAACAUGGAGAAAGCUGAAAUAACUUCCAAGUACGGGAAACUGUCUGCCAUAUGCCGAUCACAAAGACAGGAGAUACAAGAACUUAAACAGGCUCUUGCUGCUAAAACUCCAUCUCCAAACAAAGAUUCCUAUAAAAACCAAAUGCCUCCUUCGAAUCAGUCAUGCAGUACCUCACAUCAUACUAGGGAAAGCGUCGAAGGAACUGUUUGGGAACUCCAACAAGGGUUAUUUAACCAGAGCCCCCCAGGCCCAGAUGAUCUUAAGCCAUGGCAGGCUUUUGCAGAUGAUGGUCGUCCUAAACCUCUCACUAAUACUUCUAGUAGCACUCCAAGGUCCAUGAGGACGAAAGAUAACAAGCCUAGCAAACAGCCUUCUUCUGAUACAAGUUGGGGAUUUGGAAGUGAUAGUUUUACUGCACUUCCCUCUGCUACCUCGCAGAUAAGUGCUUCUUUUAAUGAACUGAACAAUUCUAAGUUGAAGCGCCCGGGGAACAAAUCACCAUCUCAACCUGCUGGCUGGGCCGGCUUCUAGGACAAGUUAAGCAGUUAAUACUUUCUAUUAUAACUUGAUUUUUGUUUUGUUGAGAAAAACUCAGUGGUGAUGACAGUAAGUAUAGUAAAAGAAAAAAAUAGUGGCGGUGACUGGUGAUCUAAGUUGUUUCUGAUGUUGAAUGUGUUGCGUGUAGAGAUUUCUGACUUGUAUUGAUCUGAAAAUUAUAUUUAUGUGUGAUAUGACCACUAUCUUUUUCAUCAUACUUUAUUGCACAAGUUAUUGGGUAAUGUAUUUCAAUGUUAAGAUUUAUUAUAAGUACAAG